AAGAAAGUACAGACAUAUAUAUAUAUAUAUAUUGAUCUGAAGACAUGGAGAGACAGGACAGGGGUGAAGCAGCAACUGUGGAUAUAAUUAGCAGCAAACAAUUUGAUCAUGAAGAUGACAAGGAGAAGGUUGGAUGGAAGAAGUUUCUGUCAUUUGUAGGCCCUGGUUUUCUUGUGUCGUUGGCUUACCUUGAUCCUGGCAACUUGGAAACUGAUCUGCAAGCAGGAGCUGACCACAGAUUCGAGCUCUUAUGGGUGGUGCUGAUUGGGUUGAUAUUUGCUCUCAUAAUCCAAUCACUUGCUGCUAAUCUUGGAGUCAGCACAGGGAAACAUUUGGCAGAAGUUUGCAAGGCUGAGUAUCCAAUAUAUGUAAAGUACUGCUUGUGGUUGUUAGCAGAACUUGCAGUCAUAGCUGCUGAUAUACCCGAAGUGAUCGGGACGGCGUUUGCAUUAAAUAUACUGCUUCACAUUCCAGUAUGGGGCGGAGUUCUGUUAACUGGAUGCAGUACUCUCUUAUUUCUUGGCCUGCAGAGAUAUGGGGUGAGGAAAUUAGAAUUGCUGAUCGCUAUACUGGUGUUUAUAAUGGCUGGAUGCUUCUUCGGAGAAAUGAGUUACGUACAGCCUCCGGCGGCUGAUGUGCUCAAGGGAAUGUUUGUACCAAAACUCAACGGUCAUGGAGCCACCGGCGAUGCCAUUGCCCUCUUGGGCGCUCUGAUCAUGCCGCAUAAUUUAUUCUUGCAUUCAGCCCUUGUCCUCUCUAGGAAAGUACCCAACACCGUCCGCGGCAUCAAUAGUGCAUGUCGGUAUUUUUUAAUAGAAAGUGGAUUUGCGCUGUUCAUAGCCUUCUUAAUCAACGUAGCAGUCGUGUCAGUUUCCGGCACCGUCUGCUCAAGCUCUCAUCUCUCAGACCAAAACGACAGCCGUUGUAAAGAUCUCACUUUGAACUCUGCUUCUUUCCUACUCCAGAACGUGUUGGGAAAAUCAAGCUCUACAGUUUAUGCAAUUGCACUUCUCGCCUCCGGUCAAAGCUCUGCCAUUACCGGCACUUACGCAGGGCAGUAUAUCAUGCAGGGGUUUCUGGAUCUGAAGAUGAGAAAAUGGAUGAGGAACUUGAUGACAAGGUGUAUUGCAAUUACACCGAGUUUAAUAGUUUCCAUUAUUGGAGGUUCUCAAGGAGCCGGCAGACUAAUUAUAAUCGCCUCGAUGAUACUUUCAUUUGAACUCCCAUUUGCUCUUAUCCCACUUCUGAAGUUCAGUAGCAGUGCCACCAAGAUGGGGCCCCACAAGAACUCAAUUUACAUCAUAGUAAUCUCAUGGAUUCUGGGAUUGGGAAUCAUCGGCAUCAACGUCUAUUAUUUGACCACGGCGUUCGUAGGGUGGCUGGUCGACAACAAUCUCCCCACAGUGGGAAAUGUGUUCAUCGGAAUCGUCGUGUUUCCGUUAAUGGCCGUCUACGUUAUCGCCGUUAUCUACCUGACGUUUCGGAAGGACACCGUCGUUACGUUCAUCCAUCCAACCAACGACGACCAUCCGGACAACGUCGAAGACGGCGUUGCUAACGCUAACGCCGCUGAUUUCCAAGUUCCUUACAGACAGGAUUUAGCCGAUAUUCCAUUACCCAAAUGAGAUUAUGGAAAAUCAUAAGGGUAUUAUGGUCAAAUUAUACCCUCGGGUUUAAGAACUCUCUCCUUUUUUUUUUUUUUUUUUUAUUCUUCGUGUUGAAGAGUUAAAGUUUAAUCGUUACAUUUUGCAAA